CGAACGCGGAAAUCUAGAAUGCUGACGUCAUGCUUCCCGUCCGUUUCCCCCCAUCCCCCACCAUCAACGCAACGCCUUAUUCGUUAUCUCAAUCAAGCUUUCUAGCCAAGUGAUUAAACAUCAAACUAGGGCAGUUUAGCUAUUGUUUACUUUCUUCUUUACACUCGGUUCUACGUAGUUGACUUUCUUUCUUUCUACGCCUCCUCCUCCUUUGUUUGCCUGGACUUUUGUCGAAUCGACACAAACGCACGCACGCACGCACGCACGCACACCAGCCAUGCCGGACCCAGCACAAAUCAACCGUUCGCUAGGGACCAUCAAGACGGAACUCGAGUACCUUGCCAACUCUGGUGUUUUGUCGCCGCCGCAGUUACAAUCUAUCCAGGCGCAGUUACCCCAACCAAAUGGACAGCCGUCUCAGUAUAUUGAUCCGAAAUAUGUGAAUGGGGGGAAUCAGUUUAACCCGGCUGUUAUUGCGCAGCAAGCGCAGGAUCCGGCGCAUCCGGCGAAUCCGAAUCAUCCAAAGCACCACGAAUGGGCUUCGAAAUUGGCGCAUAAAUUUGGUAACGCGGCAGUCUACGGUGCUGGAGCGACGUUCGGUGCGGAUUUGGUUAAUGAUGCUAUGAGGAAAUUCUAAACAAGGCAUAUGCAAUGUGAAAGUGGUUGAGGACGGCAUGCCACUGGCAAGCGAGAUGCUAGCGAGAACUGUUUACUAUACUUCUUCCUGUCUCACAAAGGUUUAGUAGUUGCCUCAAGAUCAUCCAGUAUAGCGCGCUUAUUCUCUGUGGGUGAAUGUUCUUUAGCAUCCAAAGCCCUCGAAAUCUCCAUUAGGUGCAUGUACAUUGCCCGAUGGACCUCAGCG